CUGUCUCUGCUGCUACUCAGAACACGUCCAGUGGGCAGAAGACCCAGGGCAGAGCUGGAGGGAAUACAUCUCCCAUCUGGCCUCUGAAUGUCUCAAGCUUCAACAGGAGCAGAUGGAGGAAGUAGCUGGAGGAGAUUCACAUCUGGACUGAGCUGCUUUGUUUGCUGCCACUCUGACCACAUGCAACAGCAACAAAAAACAGAAAGAGAGUGAGUGGAGAAAGGAACUAAAGUUUCCAGUUAGAAAAGGACAAUGGUGAAGUUGUGGAUGCAUGACAUCAGGUGUGACCUGAGAGCUUGGUGCUGGGAUUCAUCCAUGCAGCAGCAGCAUCCUGACCCUCACUGUGAACGCCUUGCUCUUAUAGCUCCUCCCUUGUCUAUAUAAUUUCUAGUUAAGCUGGACUUCCAUCAGAUUACUCCCUCACUGACUCCUGUUGUUUCACAGCCUUGCAAAUAAGAAGAGGAUGCUGGCGUCGUCUCUGUGGAUUAUUUUCCUCCUCAGCUCCAGUGUGUGCGCCAGGAAGCAGCAGCACGCAAAGCUGGCUGAUGAUGAUGAUGUUGAUGAUGAUGGUGGUGGUGAGACCUGGCCGGAAAGCGUGUCCAGGGCGAGGUGUGCGUCCCGGUGUCUAAGUCUGCACAGCGUCGCUGCGCUCUCCACAUCGCUGCAGAAUAAUGGAUCCUUGAGCUGGUGUCAAAAUCAUAAACAGUGUGCAAAGUGCCUGGAGCCCUGCAAAGAUUCCUGGCUGAUGAAGAGGAAUAGGAAUAAUUGCAGAGACCUUUGUGAGCGUGUGUUUCCCAGGAAGCACUGGGAGUGUGUGACCAGCUGUGAGUUCCUCCAGUCAGUGUUGGCGGUGAAGCAGGGCAGCUGUCCGCCUCCAGACAGAGCCCGCGGUUUUGCAGCCGCCUGCGUCGAGAGCUGCGACCACGACCGCGAGUGCUCGGCUCAGAGGAAAUGCUGCUCCAACGGCUGUGGCCACACCUGCCAGUCUCCUAAAGACCUUUACAAGGGUUCUCCCCUGAAGCCGAGGAAAGAGCUGAGCUUCGAAGAACUCCCGCCUACAGAGCUGGAGGUGCGCUGGUCUUCCCGCUUCAACGUCUCCGCUGAGCCGGUGGUCUACGUCCUGCAGAGGAGGUGGAACUUUGGCAUCCAGCCCAGCGAGGACACCGCCACCUCCUGGCAGGAGGUUGCACAGACCACAGAGCAGAGAGUCAGACUGACCGACAUCCGACCUGGACGCUGGUACCAGUUCAGAGUGGCAGCUGUCAACACCCACGGCACCAGAGGUUUCUCUACACCCAGCAAGCACAUCCACUCCAGCAGAGACCCCUCCAGUCCUGCUGCUCCCACAGAACUGAGAGUGGCCAAUAUGAGCUUUGGCCCCAGCAGGAUGGUGUCAGCCAGGCUCCAGUGGAGCAUGCCCACUGACCUCGACGUCCCUGUCCACCACUACAAGGUCAGCUGGAGCUGGACGGCCGUGGGGCAGUCGUCUGCAUCGUCCUUGACCAAGAGGAGGAAGACAGUCAGAGGGUGCCUGGUGGAACUGGACAGCAUGCAGCUUAAUAGGAGCUACAGGGUGGAGGUCCAGGCUGUGUCCUACUGGGGACAAACUCAGCUCAAAGGACGUCGAGCCGUCCUCCACUUCACCACCCAGCGCAGAGUCAGUUCUGCUCCAAGCCAGCGCACAGGUGACGUCCUGGAUGUGGGAACGCCGUUCUACCAGGACGGACAGCUCAGAGUCCACGUUUACUGGCAGAGCAGCACUGAUCCUUCUGUUGAGUUCUACAAAGUCCAGUGGGGACCGGAGUACUGUGGACACAACCAGACCAGACCCAUGGAGAAGACCAGCACACAGGAGAACUUCAUCAGCUUGCACGGCCUCCUCUUCUCCUGCAAAUAUAAAGUCCUUCUCCAGCCAGUCAGCAGGAAGAGUCGUCCUCCUGCAGAAAGCACCAGCUUCUUCACUCCUUCCUGUGCCAGCAUCCAGGCCAAGAGUCCAAACCCGAUCACCUGUGCUGGAGAAACAUCAGUGUCCCCUCAGAAGGUCCUGGUGAAGGCAGCCAACCUGACGGCAGCCUUCGAGUUGCACGGAGACAACGUCACGGCCAUCUUUAGCUGGGAUUCAUCCGAGGCUCUGGCGCACCAGCAGCUGACGGGUUACCAGGUGACGUGGGCGGAGCUUGUCCCCACUAGCCGCCGCAACAAAAACAACAACAACAACAACAAGCUGCCUCACGGCCUCAUCUCCCAGUCCCAGAUCCUGCCGCCGGACAGUAAAGUUGUGGUGGUGUCGGGCUUGAGACGUGCCAGUUUGUACAGGCUGGAGGUUCACGCCAUCACAGCAGAGGGUGAAGGUCCUGCAACCAGCAGAAACUUCCAGACUCCUGGAUACCAAAGUGCCACGAAGCACAGAACCAGGCUGAGGAAGCAUCAUCAUCAUCAUCAUAAACAGCCAAACACAGAGAGACACUGAGUGGAGACAGACCAAACACGGAGGAUUAUCAGAACUCAAGAAGACGAGUGCAGCAUCACAACUGAAGCUUCUCUGCCCACAGUAUCUGUCAUUGACUGUUGUUAUUAUUACUACAGCUGCUACCAUUGGCUGUUCAUACAAGUGGACGUUGUCUCCAUCCAUCCGUUCACAAUUUGGCCGUCAGUUUUUUUGAAACAGGAAGUUCACAGCCGUCAGUCACACCACUCGUGUAUGCUGUUCUUUCUCUUCAACUUUUCCAAACUGACAUCAUGUUCAGUUGAAGAAGAUUGCGAUAGAAAAUCGUGUAGUCUCCCCCUGGUGGCUGGUCAAUAAAUAGUUUAUUUCCUGCUUAGAUUCACCCUACAAAUCACACGUCUACGUCCACUUUUUACACACGGUCUAUGAACUGCAUGCGAGCACCACCGUUGUUUGUAAGCGCUGUCAGCGUCUCUGUAUCGUUCCUUAAGUUGUAAUUUCCUUUUUUUUCCCCCCAGCAGCUGAUUCACUGUCUGUAGCUCCCUGUGAUCUGUAAAUGCUGUAUAUACUGUUUGUCAGUAUUUAUUAGUCGUGGCGUUUCUGUGUCUGGAAACUGUAAACAUGAUGCAUGUGUACUUUUGUGUGCGCUCAGCCUUUUGUAAACCUCACGAGACACUCCCCUGUACAAAGAUGUGUUGUUGUUUUUUUAAACUGAAGAUAAAAUUCCAUGUCGAUAUGUGUACAACCUACUUUGCACAUGUGCUGUUUUUAAUUACUUCCCCUUUUUUCCUCCUGCUCCUUCAUCAGCAUUUUUUUUUUUUAUUCGGUAUCCAACAGUGACCUUUAUCCGUGGAGAGAAUGAAAAAUGACGGCGUUACCUAGGCUGUAAUUCCUGCGGGAGCGAGUGAAGCCAUGACAAAACAAAGCUCUGCACUUUAAUUCUUCCUCCGUUAUUUUUGAGUUGCAAACAAAAGGUUUGAAGUAACCCCCCCCCGGGGGGGAUUGCAACAUAUGUGUGUACUGCACACAAACACACAUCUGAGAAACUCCAGCAGUGAUUGCAUCAUAACACAUUUCUAUGAAUAUCCACACACGCAUGGUCUUUUUGAUGAGUGUGUCACAUGCAAAGAGAGAUUUGCGAGUUGAUUUCCAGGUGAAAGCCGUGACUGGAGGGAUUAUGUUUUCAAGUUUUCUAUCCGUCCCAUUUUAAUACUUUCAAAUUUGGCACAAAAUGUUCACUUGGACUCAAGAAGUUGUUGCUGUGACCUCACAAACACAACAUCUUCCCUCUGUGUGCGUGAUAUCUCAGAAAUAAACCUCCUGUGCAUACGUUCA